UUGAAAGAAAAGGCAUCUGUUGGAAUUAUAAUCUCGAUUUCGGUGGUGGUGGUGGUGCAUUCAACUUACUCUUAUUUUGUUUUGACUGCUUCUGUUUUAUUCUGUUUCUUUUUGCUCUUGCUAAAUCCCAACAAAAAAAUAAGAAGAGAAACUAGAAUUCAAAAAAAAAACAAAAAAAACCGAAUUGGAAAUGAAAAAAGAGGGUUUAGAAUUAGCAAAAAAAAUAUAUAAUAGAAUAUUAAAAGGGUGUAUUAUGCUAGGGUUGCUGGUUUUGUUGAAGAAGACUACGACAACGUCCUUUUUUUUUUUGUUUUUGUUUUUUAUGGUAAAAAAUAUAUAUAAUAGUAUGCUGGUAAUAAAAAAAUUGACGAAAAGUAGAAAAAUAUAUAUUAUAAAAGGAAAAAAAGGGGGAGAGGAGCGAGAAAAGAUGAACAGAAAGCAAAAACAACAACAAAAGCAACAAGCAGUCUGCGAAGAAAGAAAGAAAACAACAACAAAGGAGAAGAAAAAAAGAAAGAAAAAUGGGGGGUAGGAGUGAUUACAACAAAAAAAUUGCAAUUUUUUUUACUUUUUUUUUUUUUUUUUUU